GCCAGGGAUCAAACCCGCAACCUCAUGGUUCCUAGUCAGGUUCAUUAACCACUGCACCAUGACUGGAACUCCUAUUUUCACUUUAUUAAUAGACAUGUAGUCGGAAAUGGAGGCUGGAGAAGCAUUGCAAUAUUUAGGUAGUUUCAUAUAUUCAUCUUUUCCCUGUAUUUUUCAGGCUAUAUUAGCCUUACAAUUCCCAUUUUGAGUUCAGAAAAUAUUUGGUUUAGAUUUGCUUAAUAAUUUCUUAGGCAAAAUUAGCUUUAUUCUCUCUGCAGUUAAUUUUUUGGUACAUAAUGGAUGGUGAAGCUUUAAGUUAUUUGUGUUUAUAAAUAUCUGAUUUUUGUUAUUUACAAUUGUUUUACUAAGUACUGUCUUAUUUUUUGCUAGGUUUAGGUAGCUUUAUUUUUUAUUAAUUUUUUAUUUUUUCCAGUUUUAUGGAAGUAUGUUGAUUGAUGAGGUUGUGGUAAUUUCUGCUGUACAGCUAAGCAAUCCAGUUACACGUGUAUGCACAUCCAUUCUUUUUCAGAUUCUUUUCCCAUAUAAAUUGUCACAGAAUAUUGGGUAGAGUUCCCUGUGCCAGACAGCAGGUCCCUGUUGGCGAGUCCUUCCAUCUACCACAGCGUGCCCAUGGCAGUGCCACACCCUCACUCCAUCCCUGUCCCCUUCGGUAACCAUAAGUUGGUUUCCAAAGGCUGUGAGUCUGUUUCUGUUCUGCAAAUAAGUUCAUUUGUAUCCCUGAUUACAUUCUACAUAUAAGAAAUACCAUUAUGCUGUCUUCUCAAAAGUGUGUCAAUAGGAAAAUUUCAGGGUAUGUUCUCUCGUUCCAGUGUUUUGUAAGGAGUAUCGCCCCACUUCUAACCACAUUUCUAAAGUUUUAUCAUAGGCUUCCUCUUCUUGAUGAACUUUUGAAUCAUCUGCUAAAUGUCUAAAAAUCCCUUUGGUAUAUUAGUUGCGACUGUAUGUAAUUCAUAUAUUGAUUUGGAAAUGUUGCCUUUUUGCAAUACUCAGUCUUAAUUGCCAGGAACAUAGUAUCCUCUCAUAAUAUCCUAAUGCAUUUUGGUACUUUCUAAAAAUACCAUUUCACGCCUCGAUUCUCAGCUUAUGGUCUUGUGUCUUUGAGAAAAGAGAAGGUGUCACAUAGGCCUCGUCUUCCAGGACCGAAUUGACCACCACAUCUGCAUGCAGUUCUUUGACUUUUAAAGGGGGCCAUCAUAUUCUCUAGGUCCAUCCAUGUUGCUGUAAGUGGUAGAAUUUCAUUCUUUUUUUAUGAUUGAGUAAUAUUCUAUUGUCAAAAACAAAACAAAACAAAAAAGAGCCCAUCAAUGGCCAAACCCUCCACUGGUGCUCUUGAUCCAGGCUCUUCUUACUCAAAGAUUUUGCUUCUCCUCUGCAUCACUUCGCUCUCUGCAGGAACAUUUGCUACAGGUUACACACAUGCUCCAGUACUUUCCUGAAACCACAUUCCCUUCUCCAGUUCCUACUCCAUGUCUUGGAGCAAAUCAUCUUGAAAGACUUAUUCGUAUCUAGAACUUCUGGUUCUUUUUUACCAUUCACAACUCAAGCCACAGCAAUCAGGCUCAAGGCCACCCUCACCUCUGGCACUGGAGCUGUGCCCACCAACAAUGAAAGAUGGUUUUGACUCCUCAAACGAAGAAACAAUAGUUUAUAUAUUUUAAAAAAAAUAGUAGAAGUAUGUGUGUGAGUCCCUCAUGACUCUUUGUCUUGAAUUGCACAUCUUUCUUAACUUGCAGAAAUAAUCCUGCUCACCACCCUAAACUUUUUUUUCUUUAAAUGCUUCUUGGAAAGAUGUGAAGUCUAAGGAUGAAGGCAAUAAUUUCCUCACGGUGAAUUACAAUUUUAACAGCCUAAUUUUACAGCUUAAUAGAAUGUGAAAUGAGAAUAAAAUUGGGAGUGAAAAUGGUUCAGUCACUAUGAGAAAACAAUGGAAAACAGUUCCUUAAAAAUGCACUUACCAUACAACUGAGCACCUUCACCACAAGGUAUUUACCCAGGGGAAUGACAACUUACGUGCAGUGACAAACCUGUACCUGAAUGGUUAUAGUGGCCUUUUCUCCAGAAACAACACAAAUGCCCUCUAACUGGGGCAUGGAUAAACAAGUUAGGACACAGGCAUAGAGUUGGCCAUCACUCAGCAGUAAGUGGAGCAGACUUCUAACCGCCAGCAGACUUUGGGUGACUCUCAAACAUAUUAUGCUGGGUGAGAGGACCUAGACUCAAAAUGUCUGAUGCUGUUCCUAGGACAGGCUGAAACGGCAAAAAUAAUAGCAACAGUAGACAGAUGAGACAGUUGGCAGGGGUUGGGGUGAGGAUGGCAUGUGAUUACCAAAGGGCCCCAGAGAAUUGGGGGGGUACACUUAACUUCUGUAUCUUGGUAUGGGUGGUGGUUGUGUAUAUACAUACACAUUUGUCAAAAUUGCAGAGCCGUGCAUUAAAAGGUGAAUUUUACUGUGUGGAAAUUGAACCUUAAUAAAAGUAGAAAAAUGUUGAAAAUGAUAAUUUAAAUAGAUGAAUAUGAAGCUUUUAAUAUUUUACUUCUAAGCCCUUGUUAAGAGCAAAUAGAAAAAUUCCCCUACCAUCUCAUUACUUUUGUCAAGAUUUUAGCUUUAGUGCUUUGAAAUAUAAACAUACUUAUUCUUUGUCGCAAACGUGGCAACUCAUUUACGGAACCAGUUUCCAUGGUCACCGUUGUCCCCUGGAUCACGUCCAUCCUAGGCAUCACUUUUCUUCUGGCUGGAAUUAUCCUACUGGGGCAUCUCUGGUGGUGAUUUCUUGUAGUUCUGUUUGGAGUGUGUCCUCACGCUCUGGCGAUGCUUCGCCUGUGCAUGGACCACUAGUGGGGGCCUUAGGUUUCCUCCACACUUUUGGAGGCAUUUCUCUCUUGCCUGUCACUGUCACUGAAGAGUCCACCAUGUGCUGACUGUCUUUAUCCGUGGGAAGUCUGUGUUGUUUCUCUGGGAGCAUUUAGAGGAGAUUUGCAUUAACGCCGACGUCCUCCAGCUCCCGAACGGUGUGUUUCUUUAUGCUGUUCCUGCCCAACAUUUUCAAAAUUGCACACGUUCUCCUCAGAGGUCAUUGGCGGCAGACAGUAGUAGUCACACCAAACACACAAGUUUUGUAGAGGACACACGAGACGGCCCAAGUUCGGUGAAGGGAAGGGCGUGUAAUUACAGCCUCCACCGUGCAGUCCCGUUGAAUGUGAACAGCCAGGCUGGAGGAGGAUGAAGGAGCCCGCAUCCCACAGAUGCCACAAAGCCCACCUUAACGUCAGGGCAGAGGCUGACCGUGAAAGGGGCCCUGGCUCCUGGGUCUGCCCAGGCGGCUCUUCAGGCUCAUCGGUGGCUGCCUUAGGUGGCAUGAAGCCCAGGGCCUCCCAGCUCAUCUAGGGGAGGAAGAGGGCAGGGCUCCAGGGCUGAAACGUGCCCUGAGGGAUUCAUUACCAUCCUGUCUACUGGACCAGCAUUUCCAGGGGAGGCCCGUCCGCUGGGAAGACAAGUGCCUCUGCGCACCGGGGUAGAAUAGAGUAGAGGGGUGGGGCCGUGGGAUGAGGAAACUCCCCAGGACAGGCCUUGGCCCCCUCCUCCCCCGGCCCCAGGGACAGUGAGGUCAGGCGUGGCAGGGUCUCCUCAGGGCAGCCCUUCCUAUAUCUCCUGCCUCCAGCCUGGGGCUGCUGUCGUCUUUUCUCCCAGACGCCAGCACGCGAAGGUGAAGGUCUGAGCACCUGUAACCAAGAACUCAGUCUGACAAGUGCUGCAGAGCUGGGUGGGCCUCCUCCUUGGGGAGCCGUGUGAGAGAAGGGGUUUCUGCUGAUUCUCCUUAGGCGUGAGAGGGGGAAACCUACCUCGGUGCUUCACAGAAACUCCCCAAGGGCUGCAUUGCCCUCUGCCUGUGAGUGCUGCUUCUCCAGUGCAGACUGCAGCGGACUGGAAGGGCAGAGGGCGUGUAGACCGACCUGGGUCGGAGCCAGCUGAACACAAUUUAGCCAGCUGGACGCUGCAGGAGAAGUCCUGUCUGCCUGCUGCCUUGUACUGGAGCUUCCCUGACCCUCGGACAAUCCCCAGGUGUUCUGUGUGGUCAGGCAGCUGGGCUUCUCAGCCCGGAGGUAAGACUCUUGUCUCGGCUGUGGGGCCGUGUGCAGCUCUAGGAAAGCUGAGCAGAGAGGGAGGGCCCGGGGCAGACCCCAGAACCACAGCUCCUCUGUCCUCCGGGUUCCCUGGAGCUUUGGCUUGCACUGCCUCCCAGUCUCCUCUGUGCUUGGUUUUCUCCACCGGAAGAGGGAUCGGUGAGGACUGAUGGACGAUCCGAUGCUGCCUCCCAGGCCUGGGUCUCUGAUUCCUGAUGGAGUCGUCGGGACCUGUGUUUUGACCCAGUGGGCUUUGCUGGCCUCUGAUAGAAAGUGUUUACACCUGUGUGAUGAUAGAUGCCUCCAAAGGAACAUUUGGGGCAGAUGAGAGGCCCGUCAUGUGCUUUAAUACCUCUUUACUUUAAAGUUCUGUGGCCCUCGUAGAGGCUAAUGGGAACUAGUGAAAUGUCAGGACUGUACAGCAUAAAGGGGGAAGGGAUUUGGAGGCAUGGGAUUCACUUAGAGUUUCUCCUUUUCCUUCUAUUUUCUUUUUGUGGCUGCAGCUGCAGCAUGUGGAUCUUCCUAGGCCAGGGGCUGCAUGCGAGCUGCAGCUGAGGCCUGUGCCACAGCCGCAACACCAGACCCAUGCAGUAUCUGUGACCUACACUGCAGCUUGUGACCGCACCAGAUCCUUAACCCAGUGAGCGAGGCCAGCGAUCAAAGCCGCAUCCUCAUGGCCACUGUGGCAGGUUCUUAACCCUCUGAGCCACAGUGAGAGCCCUCAGUUUCUUUAAAACGUGUGUGAUGUGUGAUGCGGAUUGCUGUCAGCCUCCCAUCCCUGUUUCUGUCUUCUCCCUGAGGUUGGGUCCCCUCUCCCAUGGCAGCUGUUAGAAGGGAGCUCUUCUUCCCCCUCCCUGUGGGCCUUCCGUCCCGUGUAGGUGCCCUGGUGCUGCAGUCUGGGAUCUGGGAGGGGAGGGGGGGGAGCCGGGGUUAAUGGGUCCGGUGACAACAUACAGCACCUGCUCUUUUGUUUCCUACACCUUUCUCCUUUUCUCCCCCGAACAGUCUGUUCUUCCUGAGAUGUACCUUAUUUUUGAAUAAUCUCAUGCUCACAUUUUCUGAUAACCUGUUAAAAAAAAUGUACCUAUAUGUACAUUUAUCCUGAGGGUUUAACUGUAAUAAUGACACCAUCUCAAACACACCAUUCCGUAGUCUUAGGCAUUCUGUAAUACCUUCCCUCUUAGGCUCAUGAAAGUUGUGUGGCUGGUCCAGUGAAGUAAGUUGGACACAAUUUAACUCUUCUAAUGAGGCUAGUGUAUUCGGCUUUGGUUCCUGCAAACAAAUGUAGACACAAGUUAUAUGGACAAUUAUGUGGAUGUGCUUUAUUGAAAUCAUAUUUCUAUAACUGUUUUAGUAUUUCAUAUUCAUAUUCACCAAACUCCAAGAGGAUAUUUAAGCCAUUAAUUAAACAUUAUACUUAAAACAUAAGUACAGAAAUAAUCAAGACAUGGGUGCCAGACAUUUGCUCUGUUGUUAUGAGUGAGAUGAUUGACUUUUCUAGGGAGAUAAAUGUUCAGGUUUGAUAUCUUCAAUAAUAUUCUUAGGUAGUGGUCUCUCGGUGUUUAGCUAUUACUGUAAUGUUUAUUCUCUGUUUAGACUUUGUUUUAUCAAGAUAGAAUUAAAAGAGGCAGAAACCGAGUACUCAAGAGGAGAAAUCAGUUACCAGUGAGAGUCAUCAGCUCAUUGGCCAUCCUACAUGGCCUCUGAUGUUGCGAAACGAUGGGACUGUCUUAGCAAAAAUUCACCAAAAAUCCAUUUGUUUCUUGGUAGCUACAGAAACAACACAGAAUGGAGCACUGGAACUCCACCCUGGGAAGUGGCUUCAUCUUGGUGGGGAUUCUGAAUGACAGUGGGUCUCCUGGGCUGCUCUGCGCCGCAAUCGCAGUCCUGUACAUGCUGGCCCUGACCAGCAAUGGCCUGCUGCUCCUGGUCAUCACAGUGGAUGCCCGGCUCCACGCGCCCAUGUACCUGCUGCUCGGGCAGCUGUCCCUCAUGGACCUCCUGUUCACGUCUGUCGUCACUCCCAAGGCCCUCGUGGAUUUUCUGCUGGGGGAGAGCACCAUCUCCUUUGGGGGCUGUGCCCUUCAGAUGUUCCUGGCACUGGCACUGGGUGGCGCCGAGGACCUCCUCCUGGCCUUCAUGGCCUAUGACAGGUAUGUGGCCAUCUGCCAUCCUCUGAGCUACAUGGUCCUCAUGAGACCGGGGGUCUGCUGGCUCCUGGUGGCCACAUCCUGGGUCCUGGCAUCCCUGAGUGCUCUAGGGCACACCCUGUAUACCAUGCACUAUCCCUUCUGUAGGUCCCGAAAAAUCAGCCACCUGCUCUGUGAGAUCCCACCUCUGCUGAAGUUGGCCUGUGCCGAUACCUCCGGAUAUGAGCUCAUGGUGUAUGUGAUGGGUGUGACUUUCCUGAUCCCCCCUCUGGUUGCUGUCCUUGCCUCCUACACACUGAUCCUGCUUACUGUGCUCCACAUGCCCUCGAGCGAGGGGAGGCGGAAAGCCCUGGUCACGUGCUCUUCCCACCUGACUGUGGUGGGGAUGUUCUAUGGAGCCGCCACGGUCAUGUACGUCCUGCCCAGCUCCCUGCACAGCCCCGGGCAGGACCGCAUCACCUCUGUCUUCUACACCGUGGUCACCCCAGCCCUGAACCCCCUCAUCUACAGCCUGAGGAACAAGGAGGUGCUGGGGGCCUGGAGGAGGGUUCUGGGAAGACGUGUGCUGUGACUAUACUUCUCCAGCUAGGGAGAGCUUGUGAUUUGCCACCAAAAUUGAUUUUUCCUCAAUGUUAGAAUUUUUCUGCUAAAAGUGAAGUGCUUUGACAAAAAACACUGUAGUGGCAAGUAUAUAUUUCAUUAGAAAAAUUAAGGAAUGUAGCUUUAGUUGUCACGUGCCAUUUUAAAUCUUUCCAUGAAGUAAUUGUUGAGGUUUGUAUCCCAUUUUGUCUAAAAUUUACUGUUUAUUUUCCUAGUUAACUACUGUGUCAAAUGGGGAUAGGGGCUUUGCAAACUUGGGACGUGACCUCUGACUUUGAGAGUUCAUAUUGGACCGAUGU